CAGCCACGCCCUCAACGCCGGCCUCCUCCAAUGCUGGUGAUGACGAUGCGGCCAUGGACGACGAUGCGAUGGAUUCAACCCCGGUCUUUGUAUGGGGAACCAACAUCAGUGUCCAGGAUGUCAACUCCGCUAUCCUGCGCUUCCUCCGCCACUUCCGGGACCCACAACAGUCUAGUGCUGGGAGUGCUGAUAUGGCAAUGGAGGAAGGGAAGUACAUGAGGAUGGUUCAUCGGAUUAUGGAGUUGGAUGGCGGGGAGUCACUGGAUGUUGAUGCCCAUGAUGUGUUUGAUCAUGAUCCUGAUUUGUAUGGGAAAAUGGUGAGGUACCCACUUGAAGUCCUUGCCAUAUUUGACAUUGUUUUGAUGGAUUUGGUUGCGAGGAUUGAUCCAUUGUUUGAGAAGCAUAUUCAGACGAGGAUUUAUAAUUUGAAAUCCUCAGUUUCUAUGAGGAACCUCAACCCGUCUGAUAUUGAGAAGAUGGUUUCUGUCAAGGGAAUGAUCAUCCGAAGCAGCUCAAUUAUACCGGAGGUGAAGGAAGCCAUUUUUCGUUGUUUGAUAUGUGGCUACUACUCUGAUCCGAUUAUGGUUGACCGAGGCCGUAUAAAUGAACCAACCAGGUGCGGGAGGCAGGAAUGUCUAGCGGUGAACUCCAUGACACUGGUUCAUAAUCGGUGCAGAUUUGCAGACAAACAGAUAGUGAAGUUGCAGGAGACCCCAGAUGAAAUUCCUGAAGGAGGCACUCCUCACACAGUCAGCAUUUUAAUGCAUGACAAACUCGUAGACUCUGGGAAACCAGGAGAUAGAGUUGAGGUUACAGGUGUAUACAGGGCUAUGAGUGUUAGAGUGGGUCCUGCUCAUAGAACUGUAAAAUCUCUUUUUAAGACAUAUAUCGACUGCCUUCAUUUGAAGAAGACAGAUAAAUCACGGAUGCAUAUUGAAGAUCCAAUGGAAUGUGACAACAAUAACUCCUCUACAACAAGAAUCAAUGGUGAUGAUGAAUCCCCAGAAUAUCGAGAUAAGGUUGAGAAACUGAAGGAACUCUCAAAGCUGCCAGAUAUUUAUGAUAGGCUUACCCGGUCUCUAGCACCAAACAUAUGGGAGUUGGAUGACGUCAAAAGGGGUCUUCUUUGCCAGCUUUUUGGAGGAAUUGCUCUUAAACUUAACUCUGGUGCUAGCUUCCGUGGAGACAUCAAUAUUCUACUUGUUGGAGACCCAGGAACCAGUAAAUCCCAGCUACUCCAGUACAUACAUAAAUUGUCUCCCCGUGGUAUUUACACCAGUGGAAGAGGAAGCUCUGCUGUGGGACUUACAGCCUAUGUAGCAAAAGACCCAGAGACUGGAGAAACAGUUCUGGAGAGCGGAGCAUUGGUCCUUAGCGAUAAAGGUGUCUGCUGUAUAGAUGAAUUUGAUAAGAUGUCUGACAAUGCUCGUAGUAUGUUACAUGAGGUUAUGGAACAACAAACAGUAUCAAUUGCAAAGGCUGGGAUCAUAGCUUCUCUUAAUGCUCGGACUUCAGUCUUAGCUUGUGCAAAUCCAAGUGGGUCUCGUUAUAACCCUCGAUUAUCUGUGAUUGAAAACAUACAUCUUCCUCCAACCUUGCUUUCUAGAUUUGAUUUGAUUUACCUUAUUCUGGAUAAAGCUGAUGAACAAACAGACAGGCGCCUGGCUAAGCAUAUUGUUGCCCUGCAUUUUGAGAACCCUGAGAAUAUAGUCCAGGAUGUCUUGGACCUUCCUACAUUGACAUCAUAUAUCAGCUACGCAAGGAAGCAUAUUCAUCCCCGACUAUCUGAUGAAGCAGCUGAAGAACUGACUCGUGGUUAUGUUGAAAUGAGGAAAAGGGGGAACUCUCCUGGGAGCAGUAAGAAGGUGAUAACAGCAACAGCCAGGCAAAUCGAGAGCUUGAUUCGUCUCAGCGAAGCACUAGCUCGAAUGCGGUUUUCGGAAUUGGUAGAAGUACAUGAUGUUGAAGAGGCAUUUAGACUUCUGGAUGUGGCGAUGCAGCAGUCAGCAACUGAUCAUGCCACAGGGACAAUCGACAUGGAUCUUAUUAUGACUGGAAUAUCAGCGAGUGAGAGGAGUAAACGUGAGAAUCUAGUUGCAGCAACUCGUAACCUUAUAAUGGAAAAAAUGCAAAUAGGGGGACCCUCGACUCGCUUACAAGAGUUGCUGGAGGAGCUUAGGAAACAAAGCUCAAUGGACAUUCACCUCAGCGAUCUGAGAAAUGCCCUUGCUACUUUAAUGAGCGAAGGUGUUGUUUCUGUGCACGGAGAUAACGUUAAGAGGUUGUGAUGAAGUGGAGAUCUUGUUGCUGCUUCUUGGGGAAAUAGUAAAUAUUUUUAACUUCAUCGAGAUAACGAAAUGAAGAUAGCUUUGUUGACUGAUUUUCUGCUUGGUACUCAAAGCCCAACAACUGGGUUUCUAGCUGUAUGAUUCAUGGUCUCUUUUAAGGGGCAAUUCUUGUAGACUAUGUGAGUGCCUAAUUGCUCAAGUUAGUUGCCCUUCCAUCAUCAUCAUGUACCUUUGAUUGAUACAGUUGAAAAUAUGAUUCAUUGGAUUGGCUCCUUUGUACUAGUUUCGCUGUAAUUGAAUGAUUGCAUGUUUUACAUGUACGGAGUUAAGUUUUUGAUGUGUCA